GAGCACACAAACCAUCCCCAAACUCCUCCCUUUUGCCGUCUCCCUGCCCCCACAAACAUCCGACAGUCUCAUCAGCCUCCGCCUUUAGCCGCGCUACAACCAGAGCUCCCGAGCUUGCAACUCCACGGCAGCAGUCACCAGCUCCACUACCACAAGCCGUAGCAGGAGAUGGAGAGGCUGAACACGAAGCUGUACCUGCAGAACUGUUACAUCAUGAAGGAGAACGAGCGGCUGCGCAAGGCGGCCCUGCUUCUCAACCAGGAGAACCAGGCCCUGCUCUCCGAGCUCAAGCACCGCCUCGCUAAGUCCACCACGGCCACCGGCGGCGGCAACAACGCGGCAGCGGCGGCUAACCGCGCAUCGCCCAAGCCCGGCACCGACGCUGCCCUGCCGGCUCAGGCCGGCGGCAAGGGCAAGCCGGCCCCCAAGCCCAAGUAGGCAGUUCGUGGCUGGUGCACGGUGUCUGCACGGGCUGCUGUGUCCUAGCGGCCUUCAUGGCGUUGGUUUUAGUCAGUUUGCUACUUAGCUCUGCCCUCUGAAUGAUAAUUGUCAGGAAGGUUUGUUGAGUUUUAGUUGAUGGAAACCUCACGAGUCCUGCCCGACGGGCACUGAUGUGUAGUAGCAAUGCCCUUGUAAUGAAAUGGAUGACGACUAGAUCGGUUGGGGUUACACCGUUACAGAGA